UCUCUGCUGCCCUCCUCCUGCGGUUCUAGGUAUCGACAUUGGUUUCCUGUGUUGCGCAAUCACCAUGUCUUUUCCGUUCACUUCGUUGCAAGUCAUCGCUCACUAACUGUAACCUGAGCAAAAUAACAUACUUUGAAAUGAGUUUUUUUUUUUUUUUUGCUCCAUUACACGAAACAUCAUUUCAGCAUUACUGUGAGGUCUAAGUACUUUCCGCGCGGAUGACUCAUUUCUCUGUGAGAACGUGAGCGGAGCGGCCGGUGGACGCCGGAGGAGUCUGAUCCCCCCUCACUGAGACUCCCAUCACACAGGAAUCUCGCUGCAACACGAGACCAACAAACCCGAGAGCUUAUCAUCAUCAUCAUCAUCCUCAUCAUCAUCAUCAUCACCACCACCAUCAUCACCAUGUCGGUACCGGAGGCGCGCGAGGCGGCGGGAUCCUCUCUUCAAUUAUGCAGGAUCAUGCGGCCGGAUGACGCCAACAUCGUGGGCAACGUCCACGGCGGCAUCAUCCUCAAAAUGAUCGAGGAGGCCGGAUGCAUCGUCAGCACGCGACACUGCAACACGCAGAACGGGGACCGCUGUUUGGCAGCUCUGGUUCGGGUGGAGAAGACAGAGUUCCUGUCCCCCAUGUUCAUCGGCGAGGUCGCGCACGUCACCGCUGAGAUCACUUACACCUCCAAGCACUCGCUGGAGGUGCAGGUCAAAGUCAUGGCUGAGAACAUUCUCACAGGAGCCAAGAGGCUGGCCAACAAGGCAGCGCUGUGGUACGUCCCCUGCUCUCUGCAGAAUGUCGACAAGAUUAUGGAGGUGCCGCCUAUCAAGUAUGCCAGUGCAGAGCAAGGGGAGGAGGGCAGGAAGCGCUACGAGGCGCAGAAGAUGGAGAGACUGGAGACCAAAGCAAGGAUUGAAGAGGCUGUGCCACCUCCACCCAACCCAGACGACCCAGCAAAAGAACAGCACACUGUUGGUUUCAGCCAGUCCAGUCUGAUCCAUCUGGUUGGUCCUUCUGACUGCACACUACACAGCUAUGUUCAUGGAGGUGUGACCAUGAAGCUGAUGGAUGAGGUCGCUGGCAUCGUGGCAGCUCGGCACUGCAGCACCAACAUCGUCACCGCCUCUGUGGAUGCCAUCAACUUCCAUCGUAAGAUCAAGAAAGGUUGUGUGGUGACAGUGACGGGGCGGCUCACGUUCGUCAGUAACAAGUCAAUGGAAAUUGAAGUGUUGGUAGAUGCUUCCUCACUGAUGGAGCCAGAAACAGGGAACUAUCGUGCUGUGUCAGCCUUCUUCACCUUCAUCUCCCUGGACAAGGACAACAAGCCUCUCCCUGUUCCUCCUCUUAAGAUUGAAGGAGAGGAGGAGCAGAGACGUUGUGAGGAGGGCAAAGCGCGUUACCUCCAGAAUAAAGCAAAGAGACUCGCAGAGAAGGAGCGCCAGCAGUGAUGCCGCUGCUCACCAGCAUUUAAUGCCUCCAACAACAGUAUAUCAGCCCCACACAACACACACACACACACACAGUAUAAAGGAAGUGAAAACCCUCUCUCCUCUUCUGUAAUUGUAGCCUCCUGUUAAACCUUAAACCUAAACCUGUGAUUAUUUUUUCCUGUGCUACACACCAAAGUGUCCACCUAUGGUUGUAUAUGUAUGUCAUAGUAAGAGUACAUAAUUUUAAUUUGGGGAGAUUUUUUUUUGAUGUAUGAAGACUAUUAAUGAUCACUGUCAGUGCAAAGUGAGAGUCUGACUGUAUGUAGAAGUAAGAGUACUAUUUUGUUCUAAGAUUUUUAAGUAUGAAGACUUGAUGACUGUGUCAGUGCAAAGUGAUAGUCGUAGCAGAUGGAAAAUGAUGAAUAAGAGAGUGAAUAAUAAUGAAUAAAAGAUCUAAGCGUGA